CUAAAUAGUCUUUUGCUCUCUAUUCUAUUCUUCAAACUUCCGCUAUUUCCAGUCGAACACCAGGAAAGAAACAAAGAGCGUCAGUGAACGCGUUUGUUGCUCAUAUGCUGCACCGAAGACAGGUCAACAACUCUUGCGAUUCAUGCAUAUUCUACAUGUGUGACUCUUACAGUUCAUCGUUUCAGCCUGAUGACGCUCAAACCCCGUGAAAGCAUGCGAAGAUGAAGUGUACAAUAAGCACUUGUGUCCUGUAGUAUGGAGUAAAGUCUCAGUUCGUUCACUGGUUUAUUACCCCUGGAGUUUGCCCCGCUAGAUGGUUCCAGGUGCCGCCCCUUUCCUGCACCAUGAUGGACAACGAUCGCUCAGAGAAAUCUCUUCCAUUCUGGCCUUUUCCCAGCUUCAGGAUGCGGCAGGAGCAGGUGACAUUGGCUCGGAGCGAGAGUUCACCUGGAGAGCCUGUCCUGAAGAUCACCAUCACAGAGACGACGGUGAUUGAAGCUGACUCUGGUGUGUGGAGCUCUCGGGCGCUGGUGUUCCUGGUGCUGUGGUACUUCUUCAGUUUCUGCACGCUCUUCCUCAACAAAUACAUCCUCUCUUUGCUGGAGGGGGAGCCGAGCAUGCUGGGUGCUGUUCAGAUGCUGUCCACCACUGUCAUCGGCUCUGUUAAAAUGUUCGUGCCUUGCCCGCUGUACCAGCACAAAUCCCGCACUGAAUAUCCGGCCAACUUCCUCAUAAUCAUGCUGUUCGUGGGACUGAUGAGGUUUACGACUGUGGUGUUGGGUUUGGUCAGUCUGAAGAAUAUAGCAGUAUCAUUCGCUGAGACGGUGAAAAGCUCUGCGCCCAUCUUCACUGUAAUCAUGUCACGACUCAUACUGGGAGAAUAUACAGGUUUCUGGGUGAAUUUGUCUCUGAUUCCUGUAAUGGCAGGUCUAGCUCUCUGUACAGCCACUGAAAUCAGCUUCAACAUGCUGGGCUUCUCCGCAGCCCUCUCCACCAACAUCAUGGACUGUUUACAGAACGUGUUCUCUAAGAAACUCUUGAGUGGGGACAAAUAUAAAUUCAGUCCUCCGGAGCUUCAGUUCUACACCAGUGCUGCUGCUGUGGUCAUGCUCAUUCCUGCCUGGAUCUUCCUCAUGGACAUACCUGGGCUUGGAAAGAGUGAGCAAAACUUCAAGCUGUCUCAGGAUGUUGUGUUGCUGCUGUUGUUUGAUGGCGCCCUGUUCCACUUACAGAGCGUCACUGCGUAUGCACUCAUGGGCCGCAUCUCUCCUGUCACAUUCAGUGUUGCGAGCACAGUGAAACAUGCUCUGUCCAUCUGGCUGAGCAUCAUUGUGUUCAGUAACCCCAUCACGGCCGUGUCUGCGGUGGGGACCGUCAUGGUGUUUGUGGGCGUUCUGCUAUAUAACAAGGCGAAACGGAUGCAGAGAGAUGCUCUCAUGCAGUCAGCCGAAUACGAGCAGAAACCCCUGAUCCAGGAUGAUGUCACGUCUACCAGAUAAACUGAGGAGACAGUCAUGUUCCUUAAAACUGAAUGAGGGAUAGAAAUGCAGAUGCUGAAGAAGCAUAAGGACGUCUUGAUCCUGGUUUGAAAUGUAACUGCAUUUGUUUGAAAAUGAUCUCAAAGGUGGUGAAAAAGAAAAUGCAAAACUGUGGUAUUAAACAUUCGUUUGGGUUUCAAGCGAUGCCUUUAAAUGUUUUUUUUUUGGGGGGGGAUCCACUAAUUCUCUGUUUUUUUAAAGUGAAAAUAUUGUCUGGUGAAAACCAAGAGUCUGUCGAGCAAUGUGAGAAAGUGUUGUGUAUAUAUAAUAUGGCACUUUUAUACAGUAUUUGAGGCUAAAUAUGAACAAAGACAUUUUUCACCCCCAAAUUAAGAAAUGAUGAAUAUAUUUUGCUUAAAAGAGACUAAGCCUAUAUUUAGGACUAUUAAGAUCGUUUUUGCAUUAUGACAAGUGGAUUUUCAUUACCCUUAUAAUGCAUCUCAUUCUUAUUCAUACAGUUAUGAAAAUCAUCUUGUAUGGCCAUGUCAGCAUAAAUUAAAUUCAGCACAACAAAUGCUACCAUGAUGUGUACUUUGUUAUACUUUACAAGUGGAUUUUAAAAAUCUUUUAAUAAAAUAUUAUUUUGUGUUCAGUUAUGAGAAAUGUGCUUAAUUGUUUUGUCACAAUGCAAAAAAACUAAAAAAAAAAAUGAAAUGGUUCUAAAAGUAGGCUUCAUUGUCUUAAUGUCAUUGUUUUUUUUCUUUUGUUUUUGGGAUGAAAUAUGACUAAUCAUAUAUGAAAUAUGUUUUUUAGUAUACAGUACAUCUUGCAAAGUUCUUUUGAAAAAAGAUGUUUUGGCAGCAUGUCACCAUCUUUAUUGAGUUAUAUUUUAUGCCCUCACAUUCCAUCAUCUUCUUGACGAGGCAAAAGCUAUACUUUUUGUUCUCUUGUACAAUCCUGCGUGACAGAACUUUAUGCAUUCCAAAUGCAACGAUUGUAGCAAACCACAAUCUUUGUCCACAAAACAAUCAUGAUUUACUGUAGCCACAAGGACUGUUGCAGAAACUGAUUGAUUUGGCAUGAAUAUAUAUGUUUUCUCAUUGUUUUCCAUUUUUAUUGCUCAAGCGUCGUCACUUAUUUUGUCAUGUACUUUUCUGAAAUUAAGAUUAUGUCCAGAGUACCCAAUUGUCUCCAGAUAUGCAUGUAAACUUUCACAGAUUUUUGAUUGUUUUUUCAUUUAGUAGUGAGAAUGUCUUUGAAAGGUUACCUGAAACUGAUCAAAUAAGCUAAUCUUGUUUGUCUAAAGCAAUGUUUAAAUAUUGGUCCAUAAAGAUCUACCGAUCAGCUGUGGUGGGUUGUGCGUGGGAAGUAAUUUUAAUAAUGUAAAUUAACCACUAAAUGUAAUUAUCGGUAUAAUUUGGUCUGAAAGUGUGCAUCAAAGGAACAUAUUUUCAUUUUAAAUGAAUUCUGCAUUUCUCUAUUAAAUGUAUAAAGUGCAGCAUAAUCCUGUGCAUUUCCAUGUGUUUCGCUUAAAAAAACUAAAA